GUUCACCGGGACUCCGGACGCCGACGGCAGCGAGCCGAGGGAGCAGCCUCCAGGAGAGCCGCGGCGGACCCUCCAGCGCCAUGCGUGCCGUCCCUAGCCUGCGGGGGCCCCGGGGGCCAACGCCCCGGCUGCUCCCCUUCCUGUGCCUCCUCGCCGCGGCGCGCCCGAGCCUGGCGGACGGCAGUGAUCCAGAUUCACCUUUUACAAGUCUGCCUGUCCAAGAAGAGAUGAUGGUAAAAUACGAUAACCUUUCCGUGGAGAGUUAUAACAUAUCAUUGACUGAACAUUCCAGUAUGCCAGUAGAAAAAAAUAUCACUUUAGACAGACCUUCUAAUAUACAACUCACAUGCCAGUUAACAACAUCUAGGGAUUUGAAUUCAGUAAAUGUGACUUGGAAAAAAGGUGAUGAAAUCCUUGGGGAUAAUUAUCUUAUCAAUGCAACAGAAAACAUCCUAUAUACCCAAUACACGUUCACCAUCACUAAUAGCAAACAAAUGGGAAGUUAUUCUUGUUUCUUUCAAGAGGAAAAGGAACAAAGGGGAACAUUUAAUUUCAGAGGUCAGUAUUAA